AUGAACAGCAGCUUUCCUGUCUUCUCAUUGAAGUUCUGGUCAGAUGGAGCAUCAUCCAUCAAUUCCCGUCUCUUUGUUCAUUUGCAGGCGUACUUUGUGAGCGAGAGCCAGGGUGCUCCUUUCUGGAUGACCCAACCCAAUAAUCGUGGACAAUCGUCCAAAGAAAUGGAACCAACACUGGACGCUUUCGAGCUGCCCAGUCCCGUCCUGACCCAGUCGGGUACAGUAGCAGCGUGUGACCGGCAUGCCUCCGCCCGUGAUUGA